AUGAGUGCCGCUUUGGGUGCUCCCUGGGUGGAGAAGUAUCGCCCGGAGUCGUUUGACGACAUCAUUUCUCACGAAGACAUCAUCUCUACCCUGAUGGUCUUCACCGAGAAGGGCCAGUUGCCGCACCUCUUAUUUCACGGCCCACCAGGCACUGGCAAGACGUCUACGAUAUUGGCAGUGUCACGAUUCCUCUACGGAUCACACCGCAAUUCGUACGUGAUGGAACUGAACGCGUCCGACGAUAGAGGCAUAGAGACAGUUAGGGAGCAAAUAAAGACGUUCUCUGAAACAUCGAAUUCUUUUUCAACCGGUGUCGUGGGUUCGGAAUCCGGCCCGCGCACCAACCUCAAGCUGAUCAUUUUGGACGAAGCUGAUCAGAUGACGAAUGCGGCGCAGAACUCGUUACGCCGCAUUAUGGAGAUAUACUCCUCGAACGUCACUGCCAUGUCCCUCGGUUCCACCCCCGGCAAGGUUAUAGACAGCGAGGCGGUGCUGGCAACUGCUGGUUUGCCGAAGCUGUCUGAGGUUAAUGAUCUGCUACAGCGCCUGAUGCAGGACCCCUUCAAGGCGUGCGUGGAGCACGUCACCUCCCUGCACCAGGCCCAGGGCUACUCCGUGGAGGAUAUCGUAAUGGCCCUAUACCGUGCGAUUCUGCGCAUCGACUGGCCUAACGUAGUUGUAGUCCAGCUGCUCAUUCGUCUGGCAGACAUCGAACAGCGCCUAUCCGCGGGUGCAAGUCCGUACAUCCAAAUCGCAUCGAUUGUUAGCGCAUUCACAGAGGCACGCUUCGAAAUUGAGCGCCUUAAGUUCGACCUCAACUUUAAAUAA